AUCAGUGCCCAGAAAGGUGCCCGGGAAGCGCGCGCCGGUCAGAGAGCAGAGUAGAGAGAGACAGCAAACAGGGAGGAGCGCUUUGAGUACGACAACUGAAAUUUAUCGACGAUUCUUACAGUUUUUUGAUGUGUCAGGAUGUGAAGCUCAAACUGUUUGUUUUUAAUGCUGGAUUUGAGCCGCCGGCGGGGCGCCAUGGACGGGAUAAACCGGUGACGGUACCGUUACUACUUUGACAUUCCUCACCGGGAGCCUCGGUGCCUCAGCUUCACUGUGAGUUUAUCUAUGGCGUCUGUUUCAGCCCUUUGAAUUAGCGCUGUAGUUGUCGUUAUCACGGCUCUGGCUAACGGUGACGGCCCGGGAUGUUGCACAUUAGUCGGUGAGAACAGGUGUUGGUGAUCCGCGGUUUCUGGACCAGUUUGAUGGAUUUCCUCCAGCUUCACUGUGAAUAAAUCAGCGAGAUGUAUGCCGCGCGGAAAAGAAGAAAACCGGCCCAGAAAGGAGUCAAACCGCCCCCCAUCGAAGGCGCCAAAUCCAACCCAUCCAAACGCCACCGUGACCGCCUGAACUCGGAGUUGGACCAGCUCGCCAGCCUCUUGCCCUUCCCCGAAGAUGUUAUAUCGAGCCUGGACAAGCUGUCCAUCCUGAGGCUCAGCGUCAGCUACCUGCGCACCAAGAGCUUCUUCUCAGUGGCAUUGAAGAACCGGCUAUCCAGUGGCACGAACAGGAGCAGUGAUCACAACAAUGCCAGCAAGACGACGAGAGCUACAGAGAUCCAGAUACCCGAGGGGGAGCUGCUUCUUCAGGCCCUUAACGGCUUCGUUCUGGUGGUCACGGCUGAGGGGAUCAUCUUCUUCUGCUCUCACACCAUCCAGGAUUACCUCGGCUUCCAUCAGACUGAUGUGAUGCACCAGAGUGUGUUUGAGCUGAUCCACACUGAUGACCAGCAGGAAUUCAAGAGAAACCUGCACUGGGCCCUCAACCCCCCUGUGAGCCUCGAACCCCCAACAGAUCCUCCAGAUGGGAAAUCGGUGUCGACCUCUUCCUGCCUGGUGAGCUACAAUCCCGAACAGCUGCCCCCUGAAAACUCAUCCUUCCUGGAGCGAAGUUUCGUCUGCCGCUUCCGCUGUUUGUUGGACAAUUCCUUCGGCUUCCUGGCGCUCAACAUCCAGGGUCGGCUGAAGUUCCUUCACGGCCAGAGCCGGCAGCAGUGCAAUAGCGACCGAACCACGCCGCCCCAGCUGGCGCUCUUUGCCAUCGCCACGCCCCUCCAGCCUCCAGCCAUCCUGGAAAUCAGGACGCGGAACAUGAUCUUCAGGACCAAACACAAGCUGGACUUCACGCCCAUGGCGUGCGAUGCAAAGGGUAAGAUAGUUCUGGGAUACACCGAGGCGGAGCUGAGAGUGCGAGGUUCAGGAUACCAGUUCAUCCACGCUGCUGACAUGCUGUACUGCGCCGAAAAUCACGUCCGUAUGAUAAAGACGGGUGAGAGCGGCCUCACCGUCUUUAGGCUGCUCACCAAGGACAACAGGUGGAAGUGGGUCCAGGCCAACGCCCGGCUCAUUUACAAGAACGGCAAGCCAGACUACAUCAUCGCCACUCAGAGGCCUUUGGCGGACGAAGAAGGAGGGGAACACCUGAGGAAGAGAUCUAUGCAUCUCCCCUUCACCUUUGCCACCGGUGAGGCUUUGCUCUACCAAACUGGGUAUCCGCUGCACGGCUUCUCCGACCCGCUCCAGGGCAAAGCCAGAGGCAGCAAGUCCAAGAAAAGCAAAGGAGAGAAGGGCUCUUCAGAUGAGCUGGACCCAAAGUCCCUACUGGGGGCGCUGAUGAGUCAGGAUGAGUCCGUAUACGUAUGCCAGCCAGAUACGGAGCCUAAAGUGUCCUACCACAGCACUCUUUUCAGUGAGCAGCAGAGCAGGGCUGAUGGUCUGGGUGCUUUGUUCAGUGGUGACAGCUGGUAUGUCGUCUCUAGCGAGGAGUCGCCAGGGGAACGCAACGGCAAAACCUCCAGUUUUGACCCCCUUCUGACCACAUUGGACUCUCUGUCUCUCGAUGGAGAGGAAACAUGCUCCAACAGCGAACUGUUCAGCGCCCUAGAGAAUCUGGGCCUAAAUGCCGAGGACCUGGAGCGGCUGCUGCUGGACGAGAGGAUGAUGCAUGUGGAACUGGACCCAGAUCACAUCCCAACUCUCAGUGACCUUCUCACCAACAACGAAAUCCUCUCCUACAUUCACGACUCUCUGGAGGGUGCGAGCGAGAGGCAGGAACAGGUGAACACAGGCAGAUUUGGGUCCUCAAACCACCAGUCAAACUCAGAUUCUGCCCAAAGUGUCUCCCAGCAGGUGUGCUUGACUGCUGGACCAGUGACGGGGGGACCUGACAGUCACUGGGUGGUACGGACGGGGAAUCACCACAACCGUCAUCACACCAACCAUAACAAAGCCACGGAGCUGGACAGCAAACAUGCGAACGCUCCACAGUGGCAGCUGCAACAGGAACAGCUCUCUGCCCCCCUCCAGUACCUGCAGGUAAGCAGUGAGAGCACUCUGUUGUCUGGCUUCCAGAAUAAUCUGCUCGGACCGACUUUAAACGGGUCCUGCAUCCCAAAUGGACUCUCAGCUUUUCCCCCAAGCGUGGUUGCUGGACACCAACAUUACAGCGUCAGUGGCACAGACGGCGCAGUGUUAAAUGACUCUACCUUACAGGAGGUCUGUCAAAGUUUGGUGAGCACUGUGCAGCCCUACCAGCUGCUGGGACACCAUAAGCAUGAACAGACUGAGGAGCUGGAGCAGUUACUGGUCCUGACACAGCCACCGCACAGUGUACCAUCCUUAGAGACCUACGGUGUGUUUGCUGCCACCCAAGACUCCACUCACAGCAAGCUGGAGAAUGGCUGCCUCCUUGGAGCUGCAAGCACGGCGUACGUCAGGACGUGUCUGAUGUCCAAUGGGAACGCAGUGGCCACAGGCGACAUCCCAGUCCCAUGCCCAGAUGAACUUCCUGCCCUUCAGGACUCCUAGAAAUCUGGAUUUUUCCUCUGAGAAGGUAGAACAGAAAAGAGAAGAGGAAAAACGGACUGUGUCUGCAUUUGACAAUCAUGAUUUUAUAAGGAUGCAAACUAAAAAGACUUCAGAUCAGCUUCUCUUUAAUAGCAUUUGUUUCAUCUCACCUGUGCUGCUCAGAAAACCUCAGAUCUCCUCUGGUAGAGGAAGAGGACGAGCUCUCUCUGAAAGUGUCCACAUCUGGUUCAAACAUGUGGUCCUGACGAUCUGACCGCAACUGGGUUUUUGCUGUCAAGCCAAAACUCAUCACUUUGUGGCCGGUGUGUAAACAGUUAAUCGAACAGAAAAUAAGUGGAAGACGCAAUUACACUCAAUUACUGCACUUUUUUUAUCUUUAUUAUCUCUCUUUGGUGCUCAAAAUAAGAAACAAAAAGGCCGGUUUUAGUGGCACAUAAUGUGAAAACUGAACUAUUCAAGUACUGCCGGCUAUUUUUUUUAACUGUAUGCACACCCAGCUGUUGGUUUAGGUUCAGCCUGAAAUGAUCUUCAAGUUUAAAAGACUUUAACUCUCAAACCCCUGAGCUGUUUUUCCUGAUUAAAAUGACUUGGGGGGUUUAUUAAUUACACUCAUUUCAGUUCAUUUUUUUAUGUUAAGAACUCUGUUAUAAUAUGUCGGAGCUUCAGUUACACUAAUUAGAGAUGCUUUAGAAGCAUAACAGCUAAUUAUACACACACGUUUAUAGUUGUAAUAAUUUACUGUACCCAUUAACCUAACUUCCAUUAACUUGAGUGUGAUAGAAUCUAUCCUGCUUGUUCCUAUGAAAACCUUUUUGAUCACCACUUUAUAUUCAUGCAAAUAUCUUGAAAAAUAUAGAAAUUAAUACAAAUAUUCAAGUAAUAAAAUAAAUACAGGCAAACACUUUGAGCAUGAGCUUUGAGAAGUGAUCGCUAUGGUAGUUGAGAAGGACCAAAACUUACACGCUGAGCAUUAAUAAAAAUAAAAUAUCACAUAUGCUGCAUCAAGCAACAGCAAUCAGUCAGCGAAUCUUUAUUUGUAUAGCAUCUUUCAUGCAGCUCAGUGCAGUUUAAUGUACUUGAUUGAUGAAUGACGAGAUGGUAAUAAGACAUUAGCUUGCAAUGUUAGCCAAUUUUAAAAUAAAAUAAAAAGGCAGCAGAUGAAGUAAAACAGAAAUUUUAAAUGGUCUUUGGACAUGAUGAA